AUGCUUAAAGAAGAGUGUGGUUUCCCAGAUAGUAUUGACUUUAGUGACAGAUAUAAAGAAGCUAUUGGAAAGUUCAAGGAUGGAAAUACUGACCCGAACCUAUUUAGCUUUAUGGCUCAGCACCAAAACGGAUAUAAUCUCAAACCUGGAAAAUACAAGCUCGCUAAGGGAUAUGAUUUAAUAGCAUAUCAUCCAAAUGACAUGGAUGAAUUUACUCCGAGAUAUUUGAUGUCAGAGCUAAAUGACAAUUCAACUUUCGUCAUGAAACGCGUAAAAAAUAGAGACGGAACGAAAGAACAAAAGCUUAUGAAUGCGGAUGACGUAGAUAGGGAAAUUGUUAAAAACGGUCUCGGAAUAUAUGAAAUGCCAGCAGAUGAGGUACAAGAAACUCCACAGGAAGAAAUAGUUCAGAUACAACCAGACAUGGAAGAAAUAGUUCAGCAACAACAGCUAGAAGAGCCUGAAGGAAACGAACAAGUCACUCCUUUGGAAACUAACUUCACAGAACUAGAUGAAGAUUUGGAACAGCCGAAAAAUCUUGACCCUCAACAAGAGUAUGCGGAGAAUAUGGAAUAUUUCCAAGAGUCUAAAAAAAAUUCGGCUGACAUAGUAGAAGAAUAUCGAAAAAUGUUUGCCGACAUACAAAAGACUCCAACACCAGAUGAAAAUAUUCUGCAUAGAAUGGAAGUACUGAAAGAAAAUGUACACAAAUACAACAACCCUUUUUACUUACGAGCAUUUAACGUUCAAUCUUCGGAUGAACUCGGUGAAAAUAAAAGGUUAAAUUUCAAGAAAACAUAUAGAAAUGAAACAUUGUUUAAAGUUCAUUCAGAACCUAACCAAGAUGGAAACAAACCUACUUUU